AUGGAGCCAAGCGAUACACAAUGGGCCGUCGCAAAUGCGAUACCCGCUAGAGAUGGAAAGGGCAAACCUUCUAGCAAGAGGGAAUUGAAGGAAAACGGGUCGUGCAGAGGAGUUCGGUCGAGCGCCAAGCCAAGAAGUGCAAGGUCGAAGCAAGAAGCCAAGAGUGCCGCCCGAUUCCAGACUAGAGUACCGAAGUACUCCUUUGUCAAUGGCAGUGGCGAAGGAACUAUCGUGCAUCUAAUUAUUGUUCAAGAAACACUGUUUUCGUACGCACAAACUAAUCGUAGUAAGACCAGGUGGUUCAACCGUGAAGCUGCGAACAAGUGUUUCCUCACAGAAUUCGGCGCCGAUACGCCAGGAUAUUCCAUUGCAUCGGGACGCAUCUCGGUGAACUAUCAGCUCGUGCUGGCGGAUACCCUCGUCAAGAACGGAGAUUUGGUCAUCCAUACGGCAACUUUUCGCUGGGCUUGCAGUUGUUGCUGCUUUCAAGGACUAGUAGCGUAG